AUGGGCAAGCCGGUGGUGCACGAAGGUGAAGUAUUCUCAGGUGGUGAAGUGAUCCGUGACGGUCGGCAGACAGGCUUUGAUCUCAUUAGCAAUAUCAAGCAACUACGUGAUGGCGAUGGCGCUGAGUCAGUUGUACAAAACACACUUUUCAGCAAACUAUCCAACCAUCUAUAA